AUGCCUGCAGAAAUACCCGCUCUAUCAUCAUGUCCAAUCGAAGAGAUCCAUCUUCCGACUGAUCUGGAAGAAAGGACAAACCGGCAAUUCGAUGAAAUGGUUCGCAAAGGUCGAAUCUUUUAUGAUAACCAGACAGAACCAGGCGAAGUGUGUGUAGAUAAUGGCUUUAUGCUUGAAUAUCGCAUUGUGUCAAUUCUCAAAGGAAAGCCUAUCCUAGCUCCAGAUGACCCAGGUCGCAGCAACCCACCCAGCAAUACACCUACGCCAGACAGUACUCGCGCGUCUACACCAGUAGUGACCUCUUCAGCAUCGUCGAUAUCAGCUCUAACGUUAUCACCCUCGCCAAAACCCGCAGUCAAAGGCCCCUUUGUAAACCCCAAGCCAGAUGAGGUUGUUCACGAAGAUGUUGGCUCAAAACACCGACUCAUGCUCAACAAAUAUUGCCUGUAUCGUCCUAUGCUUGUGCUUCCGACAAAGGAAUUUGCUCUACAGUCCGACGAUCUAGAUGCAUCCGACAUUGCAGCAGCAUGGGCAAUACUGCAUUCUUAUCACACCUUUGAGCCAUUGGUUAUAUACAAUCGAGGCGUCAAUGGUGGCUCAUCGCAGGGCCACAAGCAUCUACAACUUUUCCCUGUUCCACCAUUGGCUCCGUUCUAUGGGAAAGCAGAGAACUUGUGGCCUGCAAAGGCCACGUCUUCGACUGAGGUAUCUGACAGGAUACCGGAUGUACCUUUCAAACAUUAUGCCUUGCGCAUACCACCGCAAACAAAUGUAAAGACGGUUGUCGAUAUGCACCUUCGUCUGCUUGAGCUUACGCGAAAAGCGCAUGUUGAGGCCGGAUACGAUGUAAAUAGCGACUAUAAUGUGGCCAUGACCAGAGACUGGAUUGUCGUGAUACCCCGGACGACAGCGGGACCGUCUGACGGGCCAUUUGGUACCAGUACGGUAGGUAUGCUAGGAUUGCCAGCAAUCAGAGAUGAGCGUGACCGAGAAAAGUGGAGGAAUCUUGGUGAUUCUAAGUUUCUGGCAAAGCUGGGAAUUCCGCAAUCGAACUAA